AUGGGGGACUCUAGCACAGAAGCCGUCAUUCCGGAGGAGGAGCACCCGCACAAGGCCAUCGGUUGGGCCGCCAGGGAUGCUUCCGGCCACCUCUCCCCCUUCCGCUUCUCCAGAAGGCACUCCACCCACUCCUAUUUCUCCCCGUUUUCGUUACCAUCGAGGAACUUGCUUGCUUUCUUGUCGCCGCUCUCUCUCUCUCCCUCUCUCCUCUUGUCUUGUCUUCUAUAGACGAACAAGCCAUACCUGUACCCUGUUCGUAUGGUGAUUAAUGACGGAGAGGGGACGUACUUCCUGAUAUUUACGAGAACCAGAAUUUAUUUAUUUUUCCAGAGUUGAGUCACUUUUUUUCGGAAAAAAAAACACACACGUCGUGGGUAUGCCGAGGAUUAUUGCAGAUAAGUUUGUCCAUCAUCGUACCGCACAAACCUCGAGAGAACUAUUUCUUCUAAAAGGAAAAGUUGAAAUGAUUUCCAUGCGGCAGUUGAAACAGCGAACAUCGACGCCGAAUUCCUGUUGAAUGUAGAGCAGUUUUUGGUAGAUCCUCUGAGAUAGAAGAUGCAAGGAAUUUUUUUCUUAUAAUUCUUUUUUCUAACCGACAGUAGGGUUCGCUAAGUUGGCGUUUUCUUCUCAGGAAUAAUGGAGACGAGGACAUCACCUUGAAGAUACUGUUCUGUGGGAUCUGUCAUUCUGACCUCCAUUGCAUCAAGAACGAGUGGAGGAAUGCAGUCUACCCAAUCGUUCCUGGGUAUAUAAAAACUCUACCCCUUCUCCUAUUAGUAAACUGUCCUACGUUGAAUAUACUUGCUUUCUUUUUUAGUUUCUUUAGGGUUUUUCUCGGUAUUCACCUCCUCUCGUGCUCAUCCUUCCUGUCUCAUACUCAGAGUUGGUUUUCGGUCUAUCCUGAAGAACGUACACUACUCUAUCUUGAAGCAGUCUUGUAGUCGGAGAUAUCCGUGGUCUCUCAAGUUCCCCAUUCCGAUCCAAGCAGGCCGAUGUAUUGGGUCAGCUGUUGUCGGUCUCCUCUUUUAGGUCGAAGAGAAGCCAGAUUCCCUACUGAAACCAAAUAAAAUAUAUCGGAAUCAACUUUGAUCACAGCCUAUUGUACGCUCCAACUCAGCUCCAAGCGACAAUUUUUUCAAAGCAGAGUGAGUGGAAGACAAAGAACUUAGAUUCCAAGGGGAGGACUCAGCACCCAUCUCUCUCUCUCUCUCUCUCUCCAAUUGGUGUCCGUUCACGUGCAAGUGCGAUAUGCAAUCGGCCGGGUGGCUUCUCCUCCAGUACGAGCCUUUGCACCCCCCCCGUCACCUCUUCGACUUCCAGAUCCUUGUCAACUCCAUCAUCCUCAAAUCUUUCCCCAACCUUUCGCUGGCACCUGCUCCCCAGAAGAACCAGAAACCUGGCGCAGAAUAGCCUACGUUGCAGACAGAAAGGACCUUAUAUAUACCCUUCCUUGUUCUGCCGCGUCCUUGUCUAUGUAUCUAUCUAGCAGCUUUCAUUGAUCCGCUCUUUCUUCGUCUGCUGGCGAGUGCAGGCACGAGAUCGUCGGCGUUGUGACGGAAGUGGGCCGCAACGUGAGCAAGUUCAAACUCGGAGACAGAGCGGGCGUGGGGUGCAUGGUCGGGUCCUGCCGCUCCUGCGGCAGCUGCAAGCAGGGCUUCGAGAACUACUGCCCCCAGAUGGUGCUCACCUACAACAGCGUAGACGGCGACGGCACCAUGACCUACGGCGGCUACUCGGACGCCGUGGUGGUGAACCAGGACUUCGCCGUUCACUUCCCGGAGAGCCUGCCAUUGGACAAGGGGGCGCCGCUGCUCUGCGCCGGCAUCACCGUGUACAGCCCCAUGAAGCACUUUGGGCUCAACGAGCCGGGGAAGCAUCUGGGGGUCGUCGGGCUCGGUGGGCUCGGCCAUGUGGCCGUCAAGUUCGCCAAGGCCUUCGGCAUGAAGGUCACCGUGAUCAGCUCCUCCCCUUCCAAGGAGAAGGAGGCCAUGGAGAGGCUGGGAGCGGACGCCUUCCUCGUCAGCAGCUCCAUGGAUCAGAUUCUGGUGAUUUUACCCACAUAAAAGCCCCUGAAUGUUGAAUGAACCCUCCAUCUGAGCCCCUUCUUUCUUAAAAACCAACCCCUUCCUGAACCCGUGCCGUCAUUUGCCGUGGUAUAAUUCAUUAAUUUGCAGGCCGCCACUGGGACGAUGGACGGAAUCAUCAAUACCGUUUCCGCCACGCACCCGCUCAUGCCGCUGCUGAUCCUUCUGAAGACCCACGGCAAGAUGAUCAUGGUGGGCGCGCCCGAGAAGCCGCUCGAGGUUCCGGCAUUCUCCUUGAUCUUGGGUGCGCGUCUACAAAGAUCCUCUUACUUGCACUCUAUAUGUGAAAACCAGUUUCCAUGUACCUCAGCUUUCUCUCUCUCUCUCUCUGGGACUUUGGCAGGGGGAAAGAUGAUGGCGGGGAGCGCCAUUGGAGGGAUGGAGGACACGCAGGAGAUGCUGGACUUCGCCGGGAAACAUGGGAUAACAGCAGACGUGGAGGUCAUCCGGAUGGACUACGUGAACACAGCCAUGGAGCGCCUCGCGAGGAAUGACGUUAGGUAUCGCUUCGUUAUCGACGUCGCCAACACACUGACCCCACUCUAG